CGGGGAGCGAGCUCUGCUUGGUGAAAAAGGCUCGUCUUGAAGACUUCGUCCCAGCAACCUCCACCCCUCCUCGCCACAUCAACCCAAUUGCGACCCGCGCGACACCCACAAACUCGCCCAUCAUGUCUUGGCUCGGCGUCGCUCCCUUCAAGAAGUUCCCGGCUCCUUUCUUGAAGCCGAUGGCCCCCUUCUUUGCUGCUGGUCUGAUUAUCGCCUACGGCGCCAACUCUGCCCAGAACGCCAUGAUGGCCUCCGACGAGUGGAAGAACGACCCUCGCAACCCCAACGCCAAGACUGCCGGCACCGGCGGUCACUAAGGUUCUCGGACUGUGAGGUGGAAGGUGAAGACGGAGCGGCAUGGAGUUCAUCGGAGAGCGAGCAUAUUCGGCCGACCCCAAGGAUGCCGUCGCCGAAAGGGAAACCGUCUGGGAUGAUACUGUACCAUAGACUCGCAUUCGGGGGCUGAAUAGACCUUGUUGCAACGCGCAAUUCCCGUACCACGAUUUGACGGGCCGCCAUGCGAAAAUGCGUGUGACAUGGUCAGAUGGCGUUUCUGCUUUGUUGUCGCUGGCUGUGGGUUUGUGCAAGAAGAUGUCAUGGGGACUUUCCAGCGGCAUGUCUGAGCGACCCUUUUACGCACAAUCCUUCUUCAAGAAUGCCUACAAGACUAUGUGACGGAUUGCGUAUGAAUCUUCGAGGCCCAUAUUUGACGAAUCAUGAAGGCAGAGGGCCGCUCGCUACCAAGGACCACCGGUUCAAUAAUAAGAUAGCCAUGCUGUUGCGGGCGUUGGUUCUAUCGGCGGUGGAGCUUCGGCCAGUCA